CCGCCGCCUCCUCCUCCUCCUCCUCCUCCCGGCCAGGCCUUCCCGGCGGCCGGGCCUGGAGCGCGGCGCUCCCGAGCCUUAGUUUCUUUUGUGUCCGUUACCGGCACCGGUACCGGCGAUGCCCGCCGCUGGGGGAGCCGGUGGGGCCCGGGCCGCUGCGCCGCCGCCCGAGCGCAGCCGCGGGCCUCCCCCGAGGGACGCCGGAGGCAGGAUGGAGGAGCAGAGACUGCCCAGCGAGGAGAAGGACGAGGCCGCGGAGGCCCCCGCCCAUGGGGCCGUGGCCUCGGAAGAGAUGGGCAGUGGGGAGGGGGACCCCCUAAAACCCCCCGAAGAAGCUUCUGCGGGGCUGAAGCUGGAGAGCACAGACACGAAGGGACCUCCCCAGGCUGGCAGCGCCCCCCCGCGCCGCUGCGCCCUCUGCAACUGUGGGGACUGGAGCCCGCACGGGCAGCAGGAGCUGCAGCGCUUCGAGCCGGCUCCUGAUUGGCACCAGCAGCUGGCAGGGCACCACUCGAGCCCCGGGGGUCCCGGCCAGCCCCCCCCAGAGCUGGAGCCCCCGGUGGGCGAUGACCUGGCACAGGUUGGCUUCUCCGAGCGAGUGACUCCAGCGCAGCUCUUCGAGCCCACAGGGCACUGCUGGGUCCACCGCUGGUGUGCAGCCUGGGCCGUGGGGCAGGAGGUGGCAGGAGCUGGCGUGGGCAGAGCUGUUUUCUCAGGGAUCUCACAGAAAUGUGAACGCUGCCAGCGGGCAGGGGCCUCCAUCCCGUGCCGGGCAGCAGGGUGCCCACGGUUCUACCACCUCCCCUGCGCGGCUGCCGCUGGCUGCUUCCAGUCCGUGAGGAGCCUGCGGCUGCUGUGCCCCCAGCACCUGGCACAGGCCCUGCAGAUGGAGGAUGCCAGCUGCUCGGUGUGCGAGGGGCCAGGCGAGCUGCAGGACCUGGUGCUGUGUACCAGCUGCGGGCACCACUACCACGGGGCCUGCCUGGACAUCGCCCUGACGCCCCGCAAGCGCUCGGGCUGGCAGUGCCCCGAGUGCAAAGUGUGCCAAACCUGCAGGCAGCCUGGCGAGGACUCGAUGAUGCUGGUGUGUGAGGCGUGUGACAAGGGCUACCACACCUUCUGCCUGGAGCCUGCCCUCCAGGGCCUCCCUGCCAGCUCCUGGAAGUGCAAGAACUGCAGGCUCUGCUCAGACUGCGGCCGGUGCCCGGCGGGGCUCGGCCCCGGCUGCCAGUGGUCCCAGAGCCCCUCCUGGGUGUGCCAGGGCUGCCAGCAGCGCCGUGCCACGGAGGACACCCGUGGCAGCCUGGCACUACAGCCAGAGUCUCCUGCCCAGGCGUUGGCAUCUGCCCACCAGAGUGAGCCCAGCGAUGCCCCUGAGCUGCAGCCUGUGGGGUGUGAGGAGGAGAUAGAGCCUGGGGGGGGCACCGAAGAGGCCCCCCCGGGGGAUGGCAGAGCUCCUCCUGGCGAGCCUUGCCCCACAGGGGUGCCCCUGGAAGUAGUGCCCCUUGGCAAGGCACCCCCCGACCUGCAGCCCCCUCCCCUCAUGGAACCCCCUGACCUGCAGCCCCCUCCUCUCAUGGAAGCCUCUGACCUGCAGCCCCCUCCCCUUAUGGAGCCCCCUGAUGUGCAACCCCCUUCCCUCGUGGAUCCCACCCACGUGGAGCCCCCUUCCCUCGUGGAUCCCCCCCACGUGGAGCCCCCUUCCCUCGUGGAUCCUCCCCACGUGGAGCCCCCUUCCCUCGUGGAAUCCCCCCACGUGGAGCCCCCUCCUCUUAUGGAACCCCCUCAUGUGGAGCCCCCUCCUCUUAUGGAACCCCCCCACGUGGAGCCUCCUUCCCUCGUGGAACCCCCCCACGUGGAGCCCCCUCCUCUCAUGGAGCCUGUUCUCAUGGACCCCCCCCACGCAGAGCCCCCUCCUCUUGUGGAACCUCCCCACGUGGAGCCCCCUCCCCUCAUGGGACCCCCUGACAUGCAGCCCCCUCCCCUCAUGGAACCCCCUGAGGUGCAGCCCCCUCCCCUCGUGCCACCCCCUGACGUGCAGCCCCCACCCCUGGUGCUGCCCUCUGAGGUGCCCCCAGCCCUGGUGCAGCCAUCUGAGGAACCCCCUCCUCUGGUGCUGCCCCUCGAGGAGCCUCCUCCUCCUAUGCUGCCCCCUGAAGAGCCACCCCCUGACGAGCUGCCCCUUGAGAGACCCCCCCUUGGCACCCCCCAACUGAAGGAGUUGCCCUCAGCUGAGCUGCCCCUCGGUGCCCCUCCCUUGGAGGUGCUGCCCCCCCUUGAACCACUGCUGGAGGAGCUGCCCCCCGAGGAGCUGCCCCUGGACAGUUUGCCCUCUGCUGAGCUGCCCCCUGACAACCCCCCCCUUGGUGAGACCUCUCCUCAGGAGCUGCCCCUUGAUGAGCCACCCCCUGAGGAGCUGCCCCCCAGCCAACUGCCCCCUGAGGAGCUGCCCCUCAGCCGAGUGCCCCCCGAGGAGUUGCCCCCCAGCCAAAUGCCCCCUGAGGAGUUGCCCCCCCAAGAACCUCUCCCUGCUGAGUUGCCCCCUGAAGAGCCUCUCCCCAGUGAGCUGCCCCCCGAGGAGCUCUCCGAGGAGGACCUGAAGCCACCAGGUCUCCUGCCCGAGGUGCCCAUGGCAGAGGAAGCUCCAGCCCUGGCGCCAGAGCUGCCCCCCGAGGAGGAGAUGGAGCUGGAGCCGGAGCCUUUGCUGUCCCCCGAGACCACUCCCCCACCCCCAGCUCCUCCAGAUCUCCACGCCGUCUCUCCUGCCCACCCCUCGUGUGACCCCAAGGAGGACGAGGUGCCCGAGCUGCCCACCCCAGCCCUGCCCGAGCCCCCUGGCAGCCCUCCCACCGCCAUGGACACUGAGCCCCCUCCCGGUUCCCCUCCGCCCGCCCUGGGCUCCCCAGCCUGUGCCCUGCCCCCUGCCAAGCCCCCCGAGGAUGAAGAGAUGGACACAGGAGGCGGCGAGGGGGAGUCCCCUGCCAGCCCCCCCGGAGGCGACUCCCACACCAGCCCUACCCAAGAGCUGGGACCCUUCCCGGGGCUGCCCGAAGAGGAAGAAGAGGAGGAGGAGGAAGCUCCUAGGCUGGAGCGGGAGGGCACCAGCGGCAGCUCCCCGCAGCUGAGCGAGGAGGAUGCGCUGGAGGAAGGUCGAACCGGGGCAGAGCCCGAGGCUAAGGGAGGAUCCUCCCCGCUGCUGCUGGAGGCAGAAGAGCUUCGGCCUGGUACCCCCAUGGAGGUCUGCGGCGCGGGGGAGAAGCUGCUGGGCAGGGCAGGGGAGGAGGAGGAGGGAGGGUCGGAGCCUCCUGCCCUGCGCCCCCGCCCGGACAUCCUCAACGAGAUCUCCAACCUGAGCCAGGGGGACACCAGCAGCAGCUUCCCUGGCUCCGAGCCCCUCCUGGGCUCGCCGGAUCCCGAAGGGGGGGGGUCGCUGUCCCUCUCUCUGGGGCCGGCCUCGGCCGAUGCCAGCCUGCAGAAGGAGGACGCAGGGUCCCUGCCCCUGGGCACCGAGACCGACGACUCUCUGCUCUUCGAACCCGCGGCCGUCAAGGGGGAGGGGGACAAGAGCCGCAGGCGCAGCUCCCCCGGGCGCUCCCGGGGCAAGCAGGGUCGCAGCAGCAGCUUCCCCGGGCGGAGACGCCCACGGGGCGGGUCCCACGGGGGCCGGGGCCGGGGCCGUGCCCGCCUCAAGUCGACCACCUCCUCUGUGGACACCCUGGCACUGGCUGAUGUGGAGAGCUCCCCCAGCAAGGAGGAGGAUGAGGAUGAUGAUGACACCAUGCAGAACACUGUGGUCCUCUUCUCCAACACCGACAAGUUUGUGCUGAUGCAGGACAUGUGUGUGGUGUGCGGCAGCUUCGGGCGCGGGGCCGAAGGGCACCUCCUGGCCUGCUCCCAGUGCUCCCAGUGCUACCACCCCUACUGCGUCAACAGCAAGAUCACCAAGGUGAUGCUGCUGAAGGGCUGGCGCUGCGUGGAGUGCAUCGUCUGCGAGGUGUGCGGCAAGGCCUCGGACCCCUCCCGCCUGCUGCUCUGCGACGACUGCGACAUCAGCUACCACACCUACUGCCUCGACCCCCCCCUGCAGACCGUGCCCAAGGGCGGCUGGAAGUGCAAGUGGUGUGUUUGCUGCGUGCAGUGUGGGGCAGCUUCUCCUGGCUUCCACUGUGAGUGGCAGAACAACUACACCCACUGUGCCCCCUGUGCCAGCCUGGUGGUGUGCCCCUUCUGCCGCCAGAAGUACGUGGAGGAUGAUCUCCUGAUCCAGUGCCGCCACUGCGACCGGUGGCUGCAUGCAGCCUGUGACAGCCUCUUCAGCGAGGAGGAGGUGGAGCAGGCUGCAGAUGAAGGCUUUGACUGCAGCGCCUGCCAGCCCUACGUGGUCAAACCAGCUGUGCCUGCGCCGCCCCCAGAGAUCACCUCGGUGAAGACCAAGGAGCCAGAGCCGCAGUACUUCCGCCUGGAGGGGGUGCUGCUGACCGAGGCUGGCAUGGCCGUGCUGAGGAACCUCUCCCUCUCCCCCCUGCACAAGCGGCGGCAGCGCAAGGGAGGUCGCCCAGGGACCCUCAACGGGGAGGGGGGGCUGGAGGGGGGAGGAGACCCCCUGGGCCCCGAGGAUAAGAAGGAAGGGGACCUGGACACGGAGGAGCUGCUCAAGGCUGAGGUGGGUGUGGAGCACAUGGAGUGUGAGAUCAAGCUGGAGGCUGCAGCCAGCCCCGACCGCGACCUCGGCGCCGAUGCGGACUCGGGGAAGGGGCUGGAGGACCCCGAGGAGUGCAAGAAGAGGAAACGCAAACCCUACCGGCCCGGCAUCGGCGGCUUCAUGGUUCGGCAGCGCAAGUCCAACACUCGCCUCAAGAAGGUCUCGGCGGCGCCGGCGGAAGGAGGGCGAGAGGCAGCGAGUGCCGAGGGGCAGCCGGAGGAGGGGGCUGCAGCAGAGCUCCCAGCUGAGGGGGGGCUGGAGGCAGGCUCGGCUGAGGGGGACGAGAAGAAGAAGCGCAGGGGCAGGAAGAAGAGCAAGCUGGAGGAUAUGUUCCCUCCCUACCUGCAGGAGGCCUUCUUCGGGAAGGCUCUGAUGGACCUGAGCAGGAAGGCACUGCUGGCCGCGGGCGGCGUCGGGGAUGGGGCUGCCCGCCCCAGCCUGGGCCAGAGUGCCCCACGGCCCAAAGGGGACCCCAGCCUGGCUGGAGCACUGCAGGGGACCCCCCACGACAGGAGAGAGACUCCCACGCACCCCCGAGGAGAUGACAGCACCGACGGCAGCGCCGCCGCGCCGGAUGACGACGGCAAGGACGACGCCAAGGGCGAGGAUUUGGGGACCGACGAGCCAAAGGAGUCCCCGGACCCCGGGGACACCGAGAAACCGGCCACGCCGGGCGAGGGGGCGCUGAGCUCCGACCUCGACAAGAUCCCCACCGAAGAGCUGCCCAAGAUGGAGAGCAAAGAUGUGCAGCAGCUCUUCAAGGACGUGCUGGGCUCGGCGGAGCGUGGGGAGCAGCCCCUGAACUGCGUGGCCGCGGGGCUGGAGCCUGGGGGAGCAGGGCAGGACCCCAGCCGGGCACAGAGGCCGUUCCUGCAAGGAGACCUGCAGCUGCCAGGGCAGGGGAGCGUUUCCCUGGGCUCACUCUCUGGAUCUGUCUCCCUGGAUUCAUACCCAGGGGUCUGCCAGUCCCCAUUCCUCGACAACAGGGAGCGCAGUGGCUUCUUCAGCCCCGACCACUGCGAGCCCGAGAGCCCCUGGGCCAGCAGCUCAGCUGCCACCACCCCCUCGACCCCCACGACCCCCACCACGGAAGGGGAGGGGGAGGGACUGUCCUACAACCAGCGCAGCCUGCAGCGCUGGGAGAAGGACGAGGAGCUGGGGGAGCUCUCCACCAUCUCCCCUGUCCUCUACGCCAACAUCAACUUCCCCAACCUCAAGCAGGAUUAUCCAGACUGGUCGAGCCGUUGCAAACAGAUCAUGAAGCUCUGGAGGAAGGUCCCUGCCACGGACAAAGCCCCUUACUUGCAAAAGGCCAAAGAUAACCGAGCGGCUCAGCGCAUCAGCAAGGUGCAGAAGCAGGCCGAGAGCCAGAUCAACAAGCAGACCAAAGGCGAGGGACUGCGCAAGCCGGAGAGGCCCUCCCUGCACCUUCGGAUCCCGGUGCCCCCCGGGGCACAGCCUCCCGUCUACAUCGGCAGCCCCCCAGCGGGUGGCACCGCUGCUGCUGCUGCUGCUGCUGCUGCUGCUGCUGCCCCUGAGGGCUUCUUAAAGCCCCCGGCGGGGUCGGAAUCCCCCAGCGAGCUCUUCCUCAAGCUGCCCCCCCAGUCCCCUGCCCAAGUGCCUUCCCACGAGCCCUACGGCGCGGUGCCAGCCUACCCGCUGGAGCCUCGCUUCCCCUCGCCCCUGGGCCAGAGCCCCACGGCGGGCACUGCCUUCCAGCCCUUCCCCUCCCAGCCCCUCGCUGGUCCCCGUGCUGGUCCCACUUCUCAGCCCCCCCACGAUUUUCAUCCCACCCCCCCCGGUACCCCUCGGCACCAACCUGGGACCCCCGACCCUUUCUUGAAGCCUCGGUGCCCUUCCUUGGACAACCUCUCGGUGCCAGGGAGCCCUGGGGCUCGGCUGCCCGAGGCUCUGCUCUCUCCCCUGCCUUUUGGGGAGCAGAAAAAGGGCCUGGAGGUGAAGAAGGAGGAAGUGGGGAGCUUGGGGGUUUGCUCACCAGGUUAUGCCCCCAGCAUGAGCUUUGGGGACUCCCCGGGGGGUCCUCACCUCUCGGCUGCCGAGCUGAAGGCUGCAGACGUCUUCAAAGCUCCCCUGACCCCUCGGGUACCCCAGGUGGAGCCGCAGAGUCCGGGGCUGGGGCAUCGCCCUCCCGACCCCCAUUCCCUAACCUCCUCACCCCCCGGGCACCCUGACCUCUAUCGUCAGUCCCCCUACCCCGACCCUUACUCACAGCCCCCCCUCACGCCCCGGCCGCAGCCCCCCGAGUCCUGCUGCGCCCUCCCCCCUCGCUCCCUGCCCUCGGAGCCCUUCUCCCGCGUCCCUGCCAGUCCUCAGUCCCAGUCCAGCUCCCAGUCCCCUCUCACCCCUCGGCCUCUCUCCAACGAAGCCUUUUGCCAGUCCCCUGUCACCCCUCGCUUCCAGUCCCCGGACCCUUACUCCCAGCCCCCCUCCCGGCCCCAAUCCCGGGACCCCUUCCCCCCCAUGCACAAACCUCCUCGCCCGCAGCUGCCCGAGCCUGGCUUCAAGUCGGUGCCUCUCUCGCACAGCCCAGCAGCCGCUGGGGGAGGCUUCGUGGGGGGCACCCCGACGGGCGAGCCUCACACCAAGGUGCCAGCUGGGCAGCAGCAGCAGCAACAGCAGCCCCCCUUUGCCCGCUCCCCCGGUGCCAGCGUCUUCCCGGGCAGCCAAGCCCCCCCGAUGCGUUUCACCUUCCCCCCGGCCGUGUCGGAGCCGCUCAAGGGGUCCCCAUCCCAACAGCCUCAUGGCAUCAACAGCCACUUCGUGCCCGGCAAGCCUCAGAGCUCUGCCUACUCCUCAUCCCCUGCUUUUCACCAAGCUGGCAGCCCCCUGGGGCCGGGCACCGCCGCGGCUGCAGAGCCCUACAGCCUCUCGCCCCUGCGGGCCCCUUCGGUGCUGCCGCAGCAGCCCUCAGCCCCCCCCCAGCAGCAGGACACUUCUGUCACUUUCCUGCCCCGGGCAGCGCUGGGGCCGGCGGCUGACAAGAGGGAGGAGGCAGCCGUGGGGCUCUCGGCACCCCCGAACCGUGAGCUGCCCGAGCUGCCUGGCAGCCAGGAGGGGGCUCUGGGCACCAUGAGCCAGUCGGAGCUGGAGAAGCAGCGGCAGCGCCAGCGCCUGCGGGAGCUGCUGAUCCGGCAGCAGAUCCAACGCAACAGCCUGAGGCAGGAGAAGGAGAGCGCAGCAGCGGCGGCGGCGGCAGCUGGCACCCCCUCACCCGCUGCCUGGGCACCCGAUGCUGCCAGCCAGGCCUUUGAGCUAGGCCGGGGCAUGGCCCCCUUCCAACCAGCACAGGACAAAGGUCUGCUGGGGCCGCUGGGCACCACAGCUGGCACCGGGAAGCUGCCAGGCUCCGUCAUGGUGCAGGCAGCGUUCGGGCAGGAUGAGCGGUUGGCACGACCCCCGCCAGCAGCCACCCCUGUGGCCAUGGACAUCAACGGGAGGGCAACAGUGGGGCCCCCCCAGGCCUUCUACCCCCGUGGGGUCUUCCCGGCACAGCCUCCACAGCAGCACCUCUGGCAGCAGCAGCAGGCAGCAGCCCUGCGCCUCCCGGGCACCUCCCGCUUCGCCCCACCGACCGCUGGCACCCCCCUGGGCACUCGGCUGCCAGCACCCGCCGAAGCGGUGCCCGCCUCACCUGCCACCCUGGGCGCCCCCUUCAUCGAGCUGCGCCACAACGUGCAGAAGGGCCCCGGGGGGGUUGUCGGAUCCCCUUUUGCCCCCCAGGCACCUCCUCGGCCACGCUUCUUCCUGCCAGGGGAUGAGGGCACCCCCCAGGCCCUCUGCCCCCCGGUUAUGCCCAUGCAGGCCCUGCCCACCCCAGCGCUGCAACCUCAGAAGAUGGCAGUGCCGCUGCCGCCGGCGUCGCCGCAGGGAGCCGAGAUGAGCAACAGCCACCACCACCACCAGGCUCACCCCAAAGCGGUGCCCCCCCAGGCGCUGCCAGGUGCCAGCCUGGAGCUGCAGCACAUCCCCCCACGCCCACUGUCCUCCGGCUCCACCCUGCGCCCCGACCCACCCAAAGACGGCACCGCACCGGAGCCGGUGCCAACCGCGGGCCCGGGGAAGAGCCACCUGAACCUGGAAGGUGGGGGGCGGCUGCCACCCUGCGAGGUGCCAGUGGAGCCCGAUCUGGACGACGACUUCGGCUCCCACAAGGACCUGGAGGACGACGACGAUGAUUUGGCCAACCUGAGCCUGGACCCGGACGUGGCAAAGGGAGACGACGACCUGGGCAACUUGGACAGCCUGGAGACCGCAGACCCCCACCUGGACGACCUCCUGAACGGGGGCGAGUUCGACCUGUUGGCAUACACCGACCCCGAGCUGGACACGGGGGACAAGAAGGACAUCUUCAACGAGCACCUGCGCCUGGUCGAGUCUGCCAACGAGAGGGCCGAGCGGGAAGCGCAGCUCCAGACCCAGCCCCCGGCGCCUGGCAUCAAGCUCCCCGACCCCACCGACGGCAAGGACCCUGCCCAGCCUACCGACGACAGGGAGGUGCCCAAAGAAGGCUUGGUGCCCUCCGGGGUGGGCUUGAGCUCGGCUUCUGCUGCCUGCCCGCCGGGCGUGACGCUGGCACCCGUGGAGGGCAAGGUGGGCGCGGUGCCCGCCGACGUUAAGCCCAAGCUGGAGGAAGGCUGCUUGAAGACCUCUCCCUGCCAGUUCACCGCUGGGGGCCCCGACAGGCUCCCGGUGCCCAUCAAAUCAGAGACCCUGCAGGGCACGGACAAGAUCUCAGCCUCGCUGGGGCUGAGCCUCAAACCCGCUCAGAGCCUGCUGAGCCCCGGGGCUGGCACCGCGCGCCUGGGCAUGGGUCACUUCCCCAGCGCCGCCCACGCCGGCGUCCCUGUGCCAGAGAAGGAUCCCUACGCAGGCCCCGGGCGUGGGUUGGGUCCUGCCCAGUUGGGCAACCAGAGCAACCCUUUGCUGGAGAAGUUCGAGCUGGACAGCGGAGCCCUGGGGCUGGGCAGUGCCAGGCAGUCGCCAGCUGAUGACCUGGACAAGAUGGAGAGCUCGCUGGUGGCGAGCGAACUGCCCCUGCUCAUCGAGGACCUGCUGGAGCACGAGAAGAAGGAGCUGCAGAAGAAGCAGCAGAUGUCAGCUCACCUGCCCAGGGGCACCCCACACCUGCCAGCCCCAGGGCACCCCAUGCUGCACGCCACAGCGGCCGGGCAACCCCCCGAGGGGCAACCCUCUGCCCGCUUGGGUGCCCAGCAAACACCUCUGCAGCUGGGGCUGGUGACCAGGCCACAGCUGAUGGCGCCGCAGCCUCCCCGGCUUGGCACACCCCAGCAGGGCCCAGGGUUGACCCCGCACAUGGGCAUGGCUCCUGGGCAGCCCCACGUGUUGGCAGCACCCCACAACGUGCAGGUGGCCCUGGCACAGCCGCAGCAGAGCCAGCAGCAGCAGGUGCUGGUGCAGAAGCCCAUGGCUGGGGUGCAGCCCCCAGGCCUGGCACUGAAGCCCCCUCCCCAGCUGCUCAUGCAGCAGCAGUUGGCCAACAGCUUCUUCCCAGACACAGACCUGGACAAGUUUGCUGCUGAGGACAUCAUGGACCCCAUUGCCAAGGCCAAGAUGGUGGCACUGAAGGGCAUCAAGAGGGUGAUGGCUCAGGGCAGCAUCGGCGUGGCCCCGGGCAUGAACAGGCAACAGGUCUCGCUGCUGGCACAGCGGCUCUCGGGGGGCCCAGCUGUGGCAGAGAUGCAGAACCACCUGCUGGCAGGGAGCGGGCAGGAGCGAAGUGGCACCGACCCGACCCAGGCUCGCCCCAACCCACCCACCUUUGCCCAGGGUGUUAUCAACGAGGCUGACCAGAGGCAGUACGAGGAGUGGCUGUUCCACACCCAGCAGCUGCUGCAGAUGCAGCUGAAGGUGCUGGAGGAGCAGAUCGGUGCCCACCGCAAGUCGCGCAAGGCUCUGUGUGCCAAGCAGCGCACGGCCAAGAAGGCAGGCAGGGAGUUCCCCGAGGCCGACGCCGAGAAGCUGAAGCUGGUGACAGAGCAGCAGAGCAAGAUCCAGAAGCAGCUGGACCAGGUGCGGAAGCAGCAGAAGGAGCACACCAACCUCAUGGCCGAGUACCGCAGCAAGCAGCAGCAGCACCAGCACCAGGCCUCGGCCGUCAUGGCACUGAGCCCCUCGCAGAGCCCUCGCCUCAUGUCCAAGCUCCCUGGGCAGCUGCUCUCGGCACACGGCGGCGUCCAGCAGCCUGCGGGCACCGUGGUGGCAGCUCAAGGUCUGGGCCAACAAGCAGGACAGGCUGGGGGCCUGCGACUGCCCCAGGGCGGUGUGCCCAUGGCCGUGCAGCAAGGCCUGUCCUUCAUGGGCCAGCAAGGGGUGGGCAGCGCCCCCGCCCCUGGCACCUCCAACACCUUCUUCGGUGGCAACCCAGCUCUGCGUGGGCUGGCAGCCGACAGCCGCCUGAUGCAGGAGAGGCAGCUGCAGAGGAUGCAGCUGGCACAGAAGCUGCAGCAGCAGAACAUGCUGGGACAAGUGUCACUGCAGCAGCAGCAGCAGCAGGGGGUGAUGGCACAGGCAGCCAUGCAGCAGCCCGGGGCGAUGGCACAGGCGGCAGCGAUGCAGCAGCCCGGGGUGAUGGCACAGGCAGCCAUGCAACAGCCAGGGGUGAUGGCCCAGCCCUCGCUGCAGCCACAGGGCAUCAUGGCACAGACAUCACUGCAGCAGGCAGGAGUGCUGGGCCAAGGAGCCAUGCAGCAGCCAGGGGUGAUGGGGCAGAGCUCGCUGCCCGGUGUGAUGGCGCAGACCUCGCUGCAGCAGCAGCAACAGCAGCCUGGCACCAUGGGCCAAGGCUCCAUGCAACAACCAACAGCCAUGGUGGGGCAACCCAGCUUGCUGGGGCAGCAACAACAGCCAGCCCCACAGCCGGGCACCGUGGGGCAGCCGAUGGUGCCAAAGCAGCCGGGGCUGAUGGGCAGCCAGCAAAGCCUGCUGGUGCAGCAGCUCUCCCCACAGCAGCAGCAGCAGCAGCAGCAGCAGCAGCAGCAGUCAGGUUUGCUUGGCCACACGCAGGGCCCGGGGCUGCAGCACCAGCCAGUGCUGGGUCACCCCCAGCCCCAGCAGCGCCAGGUUCUCCUGGCUCCCCACCAGCAGCGGGUACUGGGCUCGCCCCAGUUGGCACCGCAGACUCCGGGCAUGCUGGGCCACCGUCUCGUCCUGUCCCAGCAGCUGGGGCAGUCGCGGGCACUGCUGGCCCCGCAGCAGCAGCAGCAGCAGCAGCAGCAGCAGAACUCGGCGGGCACUCAGCCCGGGCUCCUGGGGCUGGGCCAGGGGCAGGCCUCGAUCCAGCACUUUCCGCAGCAUGGGGUGGGGGGCCAGGCCCCCUCCGUGCUGCACCUGAGUCAGGGAAUGCAGCCGACCCCCCCUGUCCUGGCUGCCAAGGACCAGCCCGCAGCGGGGGUGGAUGGCAGUGCCCUGCCUGCCGAGGGCAACGAGAGCGGGGGGCAGCUGCACGGGGGGGCCCAGGAGCAGCAGGGAGCCCUUAACCCCCCGGGACUGGGUGGUCCUGAGCCCCCAGCCCCCAAACACCAGGCUGAGCUGGGGCAGGGCCAGCAGCUCCUCUUGGCCUCCCCGCAGCCGGCCUUGCGGGCAGCCCCUGGGCAGCCGGGCACCCUGCUUGGCUCUGCUGCCCGCCCCGAGCUGUCGCAGCAGCUCGGGGACACCACCGGGGUGGCAGAGCCACCGCUGGGCUGUGGGACGGGUCAGGCGCAGGGUAUGGUGCUGCCACAGGCACCGCGGGCACCGGAGCAGCCUGGCAAGGGGCCGCCGGGCACCUUGCAGGGCCAGCCGCAGCCUCCGCGGCUGCAGAGCCCUGGGCAGCACAAAGCGGGGCAGUCGCCGGGCACGGUGCCACCGGGUCUCUUGGGGCAGGUGCCGGGACCGAUGAUGGGUCAGAUCCGGGCGCAGCUCCAGGGGGUCCUGGCCAAGAACCCGCAGCUGCGGCACUUGACGCCGCAGCAGCAGCAGCAGCUCCAGGCCCUCCUGGUGCAGCGGCACCAGCAGAACCUGCUGCAGCAGGGCCAGGCGCUGCGACCCCCCGGCCCCUUCCCCGGGCAGGCCCCGGACUACGGCUCCCCAGCUCGCCAGCCCCCUCGCCCGUUGGGACCCCACUUCCAGCCGCGGCCGGGUGCCCCGGCAGAGCCUCAACCCGGCUUUGGCACAGAGCAGGGACGGGCACUACCCGGGCAACCCCCCCAGCAGCAGCCCCUGGCAGAGCUGGUGCAGGCAGCCCUGACUGCCCGCGGACCCCAGCCCGCUCUCGUCCGGCUCCCCAUGCCGUCAGCCCCCUCUCCCCUGGGCUGUGCCCCCCAACACCUGGCUAGCCCCGAGCAGAGCCCCCAAGAGCCAAAGAAGACGUCACCGGGGAUGCCAGCCUCGGUCCCCAGCCCCCUGGCACCCACGGAGCAGGGGCUGACGCCCACGCCCAGUGGUGCCCUCCCUGACCCCGCACACGGCCCCUGGGACUCUGAGGCACCCAGCACAGACUCGGCAGACCCCAGCGAGACCCACAUCAAUGGGGCUGCAGCGGAGGGGGCCCCCACGGCAGGUGAAGCCUCCCAGGUGCUGGUGAAGCAGGAGCCGAAGGAAGAGGCGGCGGCGGCGGCGGCACCGGCACGGGCACCGGCACCGGCACCGUGCGGGUUGGAUGGAGACGAAGCCGCCAAACCGGAGGCCAACGGUGACUCUGGGACCGGCCAAACCAACAACCUGCUGGCCCCGGGCAGCCGCUCCGAGGCUGGGCACCUCCUGCUGCAGAAGCUGCUGAGAGCCAAGAACGUGCAGCUGUCGGCGCAGAGCCCGGGCGAGCUCAACGGGCACACGGAGAACCGGGGGGGCACCGGCGGCGAGCCGCGGGCGCAGUCGCUGCUGCUGGGCCGGGAGGACCCCUCCAUCGCCAGGAAGCCUGCACCCACCAAGCCCAAGCGGGUCCAGAAGGGCAGCGAGCGGCUGCCAGCGUCCCGCAAGAAGCUGCGGAAGGACGAAGGGCUGCGGCCCGGCGAUGCCCUCAUGAAGCAGCUGAAACAGGAGCUGUCGCUGCUGCCGCUGACCGAGCCAACCAUCACGGCCAACUUCAGCCUCUUCGCCCCCUUCGGCAGCAGCCCCAUCAACGGCAAGAGCCAGCUGCGGGGAGCCUUCGGCAGCGCCGUGCUCGACAGCGUCCCCGACUACUACUCCCAGCUGCUCACCAAGAACAACCUCAGCAACCCACCCACGCCGCCCUCCUCGCUGCCCCCCACGCCGCCACCCUCCGUGCAGCAGAAGAUGGUGAACGGUGUCACAGCCCCCGAGGAGCUGGGGGAGCAGCCCAAGGAUGGUGACCCGGCCCGGGAGCCACAUGGGCAGAAAGACACACCACCUGUAGAAGUAAAGAGCCUGGACCUGCUGGCAGCUCUCCCUACCCCUCCCCACAACCAGACCGAGGAUGUCAGGAUGGAGAGCGACGACGAGAGCGACUCCCCUGACAGCAUCGUCCCUGCCUCGUCCCCCGAGAGCGUCCUGGGCGAGGAGCUGCUGCGCUUCCCCCUGCUCAGCGAGGCCAAGCCGGAGCUGGAGGAGCGAGUCCUGUCCCCCAUCAUCCCCAUCAUCCCCAGGGCCAGCAUCCCAGUGUUCCCCGACACCAAGCCCUAUGAGGCCGUGGAGGCCUUUGGGGGGCCCCCUGGCAAGGUGGGGGCAGCAGGCUCAGGUGCUCCGUGGGAGAAGGGUAAGAGCAGUGAGGUCUCCGUCAUGCUGACCGUGUCCGCCGCGGCCGCCAAGAACCUCAACGGGGUGAUGGUGGCCAUGGCUGAGCUGCUGAGCGUGAAGAUCCCCAGCUCCUACGAGGUGCUCUUCCCGGACGGCCCCGUGCGGGCAGCCGUGGUGGAGGCCAAGAAGGUGGAGACAGAUGUGGCUGGGAUGCUUGGUGGGAAGGAGAAGGCAGGGAAGGUGCCCGACAGCAGCUCGGAGUGGCUGAAGCAGUUCGACGCAGUGCUGCCAGGCUACAGCCUGAAGGGCGAACUGGACCUCCUGACCCUGCUCCGCCAGGAGAGCCCUGCCCCAGAGAAGAGCCUGCACCACUGCUACGUCAACAACGUCUCCAACCUGGACGUGCGGCAGCUCUCCGUCAUGCCCCAGGAGCCCUCCCCGCCGCUCUCCCCCUCUGUCCCCUCCCCAUCCAGCCCCACUGAGGCUGCCAGAGUCCCUGACCCCGAAGCAGCCCACGAGGCAACCCCAGCCCCCUCCUCCCCUCUCCCUCCACCCCCUUCCCCGGCCCCCCAGGAGGAAGGGGCCGCAGCCCCCCACUCGCCGCCUCGCUUCAAGCCGCGCUCGCGGCCGCCGGAGGACGGGGACGAGGCCAGGCCGCGGCUGAAGAAGUGGAAAGGAGUGCGGUGGAAACGGCUGCGGUUCCUGGUGACCAUCCAGAAGGGAGGCGCCAAGAGGGACGGGGACAAAGAGAUCGCCGAGUUCAUCGACAGGCUCGGCACCACCCUGCGGCCCGAGAAGGUGCCGCGGGACCUGCGCAAGUGCUGCUUCUGCCACGAGGAAGGCGACGGCGCCACCGACGGCCCCGCCCGCCUGCUCAACCUCGACCUGGACCUUUGGGUCCACCUGAACUGCGCCCUCUGGUCCACCGAGGUUUACGAG